AUGCUGUUCAAAUCUACUCUCGCCCUGGCCUUCAUGGCCCUCGCCAACAUCGUCUCUGCCUCUCAGACUCCCGCAUGUGUUAUCUCCGUGAUGGGUGAUACGGCCAACCCCGACGACCUCGCGACUAUCUGCUGCUCUAAGACAAUCCAGUCUAAGAUCCAGAGCACGUGCGGAGAUAACGCUGAUUCCGCCUUGACUUUCUUCUCCAACACCUGCAAGAGCCACGGCUACACUGUUGAAAAAUCUCCCAGUGCCACUACCACCGGUACUGGCGCCACUGGUACCGCUACCGGCUUCACCACUGCUGCCUCGACCUCCGGCUCCAAGACCACUGGUACUAAGACAUCUGGCUCUGGCUCUGGCUCUGCUAGCAGCACUGCGUCCGGUAGCGCUUCGGCUUACCCUUCGCCUUCUGUUGCUGGCGCUGUGGGCGGUCAGCAGCUCUCGAGCACCGCCUUCGCUGCUGCGCUGUUCUUUGGUGCUGCCGCACUUCUCUAA